AAAUACAUCCUACUUCGCGCUGUCAUUGAUUAUCUGGAAAAGUUAUCGCAACAAUCACUGCAUCGACACGGUAGUCAUUAAGCGAGCCAAGCAUUAAAAGUACAACUCGAGCAAGAAAGAUAGAAACGCGAAGGAGAACGAACCUGUAAUACGAGACUGGAACGCGAAGCAAAACUAACACGACGAUCUUUGUAUUCGAUUUGAAAAUACAUAAGAAUCAAUGCUCACGCUUGCACGUAAAGCACUCCCGUCGAAAUAUUCGUCAUUUCGGGUUUUCGGACGAGGCUUAGGUCUUCCGCCAGCAGAAUCCAUCGAUCAGCUCCCCCGUCCGGCUUCUCAAUCAUUAUCGUUUUCGAGCUAUCCUGGCGACGAAGAUGAUGAUGACGUCGGCAGACCGAAAACAGCUUUGGUGCUGGGGUCGUCUGGCGCCCUAGGUUCCGCUGUCUCGCACUAUUUAUCCCAGACAGUAGGCAUGAAAGUUCUUGGUGCAGAUGUACGCGAGCUUCCUGGUGAACUCAACGAUUCGACUUUGGGAGACUUGACAACCCGACUGGUUCAGGGUGUGGAUUUCUACCUACAGGAUACCAAAUCCGGGCUAGACGCGAUCGUCUGUGCCAGUGGCGGAUGGCAAGGCGAUCCUGCUCCUCCCUUGGAAGGAUCUAAAGAUGACAUCGAAAAAGGUGCUUUGGCGUAUGCGGAGACCAUUCAAGAUAUGCUGCGCAUGAAUCUGGACCCGGUUCUCGCGACUGGCUAUCUGGCACAACAAUACAUGGGACCGAAUGGAUUGUUGGUAGUGAUUGGAGCCACUGCUGCUAUACUGCCGACGCCCGGUAUGCUAGGAUACGGAGUUUCCAAAGCAGGCGCGCAUCACUUCGUGCAAACCAUGGGAGCUAUGACUGGUCAAGGCUUAGAAUCCAAGUCCAUCCGAAGACAAGGUCGGAAAACUAGGCAGUACUUUCCCAAUCUGGAUACCCUCCAUGUUGUCGGCAUUUUACCAAGUACAAUCGACACACCCAGCAAUCGGAAAGCUGACCCCGAAGCAAAUUUUGAUCAAUGGACAAAGCCUUUGGACAUUGCUAAAGAAAUUGGGAGCUGGGUUCAAAAAACGCCAUUGCGGCCCCAUUCGGGGAGUCUGGUGAAAGUUUACACGAAUCGAGAUCGUUCGGGAGCUGGCUUCGAAUUGGUGCGCUAGCUGAAAAGUGACAGCUGUUCAAGCAUUCUAAGGACUAGAUUAGUGAAACGCCCGUCCGAAUUGGCGUUUGCUUGCAAGAUAUGUGUGGUGAAAAUCGAAACCAACAUAGACAGGUGAUCAAACAAUUCAGAACUUAACUUAAGUGAAAAUGAAUGCAAACCACU